CACAAAGAAAGGUAGGGCCAGGCCAGAGAUUGUCAGCUUCCACCGAGAGAGAAAGAGAGAGCAAGGGGAAAUUAAUGUUCACAUCAACAGCAGGCAGAUACGGAGCAUAGGAGUCUGGCAACACAGGAACAACACUACUCCCACCAAAGGAGCGGCAGUCGGUGCUGUGGGGUCUCUGUGCGAAUAGGUUGAUCUCCCUCUCUCGAGGCACCAUGUCAUCGGAGAAGAGCGAGACGUCACCCUCAGAGCCACCUCAUGUGCCCCGGGCCCCCGUGUCCCCCCCUCUACUCUACUACCGAGACUGUCCCAAAAGCUGGGAGCGCAGUCAUUCCCUCCUGGGGGAGCUGCCUAGUCCCCUGCCCACCAAGCGCACACGCACCUACUCUGCCUCUGCCCGGGCGACGCUCGGCCCCAUCUCCAAGGGCAAGUGCAAGUGCUUCUCCAGGUCGCAGGGUCACGGCUUCAUCACCCCCACGGACGGGAAAGAGGACAUCUUUGUGCACAUCUCCGACAUCGAGGGGGAGUACGUUCCGGUGGAAGGAGAUGAGGUGACGUACAAGGUGUGCGCCGUCCCGCCCAAGAACUUGAAGCACCAGGCCGUGGAGGUGGUCAUCACCCACCUGGCCCCUGGGACCAAGCACGAGACAUGGUCUGGCCAGAUCAUCAACUCCUGAGGCCAGGCAGGGCAGGGGGGGCUUCAGGAAGCCCAACGCGAGGGUGGGGGGGGGGGGGGGGGGGGGGAGAUGGGGGGGAGGGAGGGUGGCUUCAAGAACUGCUCCAUCCACGGGACUUUCUAAACAGGGAACCGAAACAAAACUAAUUAUGGGGAGAAUAUGUGAUUUGUGAGUCGUGUAUUGUAAUAGAUUUUGGAUUUUUAAAUAUGAGUCUACGUAACGCAGUGCUAGAGGCGAGGGAGGUGGGUGUGACAGUGGCUUUAUCCCUGACCCCCACCUGUGUUCCCCCAACCAGCCUUCGAUCUGUGCAUGGGUAUCAAGGCGAAUAAAUUAAACGGAGGAAUAUUAA